AUGAUGUUAUCGGCGUCACCUCCGUCGUUAGCUAAGAGCUCGCUGGAGGAGAUGCUGGAGGCGCUGAAGCGACGGGAUGAGAGUGAGAAGCCCAAGGACCUGCCUCCCGCACUGCCAGCUCGGCCAAUAUCCAGGGCUAGCCGGCUGCCCUCUUGUCGCCGGUCACUUCCAGCUGACUUAAGGGUUGGCGGGAAUGGUAUUAAAUGCGUAGAAGAUUCUGCUGUGGUGGGUGAAUCAAAGGUUAGGGAGGCGGGGAAGAGGAAGGAGGAGCUGUUCCGAGUGAGGAAGAAUAGCUUUGGGAGCAAGAAGAUGAGGAAAGAACUAACUGUGGAUUCGCCAUAUAAUGCUGAGGUAGCAGAGGGAAAGAUUAAUGAAGGGAUGGAGGUGGUAGAGCAUGGUGUUUUGGGGGAGAAUUUAUCAAAAAUUUCAGUAAAGGAGGGCGGGGAGUUGGAAUGGGAUGUUAAUGAUAACAUUGGAUAUUUCAUCAAGAAGGCAAGUCAAAACUAGAUGAUGAUCUUAAAUAAUCAUUUAAUUUAUCUAAGUUUGAUUUAAUUACUCCUAGUUGUAGUUGUUUUCUUACUGCUCAGAAAAUUUUAGCAUGUUCAUAAGUUUUCUUUUGGUAAUCUAAGUACUUUUUAGCUAAGUAGUUUUAGUCCAAAUGCUAGAAAGAAGGAACGGUAAAUUGAUAGAUGACGUUUUGAUGCUGCCUUGUUAGAUGUGGCUGAAAAUAAUCUUUUGGUUUGGUGACUGAUGAAGAUGAAAUUGUUGGAAAUCAGAUUUUUUUUUUUUUUUUUUUGUUUCUGUUUCUUCAACUGAUUCUAAGGGAAAACGGAUUCACGGGUAGCAACAGCAGGACGGAACCGUAUCUUUUUUUGGUAAAUUUCAUCUUGAAUUUGGGUAUUCUUCUUUGUCGUUUUCCAACGUUUUGAUAUUCGAUUAGGGUUUAAUUCGAGCUCUGUUUUUUGAGGAAAUGCAGCCUUUGAGGGAGUGAGCGUGGCGGGUGGAGAUUUUUCGUGAUUAGGGUUUUUGGUGAAUCUCUGUUCUUCUGUGCAAUGCGUGUUUAUCAAGGAAGAGGAAUUGAGUUUCGGUUGAGGAGUCGAUUUGAAUUGUGAAUAACAGCCUCGGGGA